AUGGGUGGGUCUCAAUCAUCAUCACAGGUUGACGACAACUGGAAAAGCGAAGCACGAUACGCAAUGGAAUCAAGAACGUUUUGCGUGAUAUGCGGUGGACCGUUUGACAUAGAAGAUGGUGUGCAUAGUAUUGAUCCAAAGGAGAAGCGGUAUCAGUGGCUCUACGAUAUUCGCUUGCUUGGCAGUAUCUCGAACUACCUUGAACACAAAGUGACGAGUGAAGCUAGUGUGCUAGUCAAUCUUGCCAGAAGCGAAGACGUCUUCCUCUCUCAGCCGGCCCAAUUCAGCAUGACUGGGUCGGGCUACUUUCAGGUUGAAAAUCACCACAGCAACCCUCAUAGGAGUGAUGUGUGGUUCAACGCCCUUAAUGAUCAAGAUGGCGAUAGUCUAUUUCCUCUGCAUAACGGCUGUAUCCAAAUUGGCUGCAGGGUAAUCCAGCGGUUUUUAGAUCGGCGUAACGAUCAAAAACAAUUGUCCACGCUUGCAAUCCUGAACCAAAUACUCCAGUCUCGGUUUCACGACCGGCGAGACGCCCCGGACGACACAAGGAGCGAUAUCUUCGACUUGUGCGAAAACUCAAGUAUGUAUGGACCUCGCAGUGUAAUGGCUAUGUCAAAGCUUGAAUGGUGGGAGGGCUAUCAUGAAAAUUUUUACACCAAUCCUAUCGACAUUCCUGACCUUACUUCGUUCGUGUCUGAUAUGCUUACGACCACACCUCUCAAAAUAGAACAAAAUCCAACUACAUUGCAAUUUGCGCGCGAGCCUCUCGGAUUCGAACGUCUCCCAACUGAAUUACUCGAUCAAAUCGGCAAACACCUCCCACCUCAAUCAGUCAUCGCACUGCACUGCACAUCCAAAGCGUUUGCUAUCAAAGCCCCUCUGAAUAACAAGUUCUGGCGCGACCGUCUCAUCGACGGUAGCUUGGUUCCCCAUAUAUGGGAUCUGGAUGCGAAUCAACUUGAUCAUGAACGCCAAGAUCGCCUGUGGGAUUGGAGAAGUGUUGCUCAGCUCCUGGUUGCGAAGAAGUUUCCUAGAAACGAAAGUAACCCACUACUGGUCGGACCUCCAACAGGGCUAUGGAACCGAUGUAGAAUUUGGAACAUCAUUGAAGACGCUUGCAUCGAACAUUUCCCGGAAAUGGCACGUAGCGGUCGACGUGACCACACAGAGGAUAUCCGCAAGCGUUGCCAGCCCGUAGCGGCGUGGCAGUUGGAAGAAAUGUUGUUGAGUCCGGACAGCAUUCAUGAACUCUUGGCUGAUUACUGA